CAGACCAGACCAGGUGUACUGUCUCUUUAAGCCUGUCGCGGCACUGUUAGCCUCCCGCUGCUUGUUUUUUCUGCAACAAAAUGGCUGUGGUUCUUGAGAGCAGAAUUCUCACUUUCAGCGUUUUUAAAUGGAGCUCGUAUUCGUCUACAUAUUUACCCGAAAACAUCUUGGUGGACAAACCCAAUGACCAGUCCUCCAGGUGGUCUUCUGAGAGCAACUACCCUCCACAGUUUUUAAUUUUGAAAUUGGAGAGGCCAGCAAUUGUUCAGAGCAUCACCUUUGGGAAGUAUGAGAAGACGCACGUCUGCAACUUGAAAAAGUUCAAAGUUUUUGGAGGGAUGAGCGAAGAGAACAUGACGGAGCUUUUGUCAAGUGGCCUUAAGAAUGAUUACAACAAGGAAACGUUCACCUUAAAACACAAGAUAGACGAGCAGAUGUUCCCUUGCCGAUUUGUCAAAAUAGUGCCUCUUAUGUCUUGGGGUCCCAGUUUUAACUUCAGCAUCUGGUACAUUGAGCUGCACGGCAUUGAAGAUCCCGAUGUUGUGCAGCCCUGCCUUAACUGGUACAGCAAGUACAGAGAACAGGAAGCCAUUCGCCUUUGCCUCAAACACUUCAGGCAGCAUAACUACACAGAGGCCUUUGAGUCGCUGCAGAAGAAGACUCGGAUAGCGCUGGAGCAUCCCAUGCUGACCCACCUGCAUGACCGUCUGGUUCUGCAAGGAGACUUUGAUGCCUGUGAAGAGCUCAUAGACAAAGCUGUGAGAGAUGGUUUGUUUAACCAGUAUAUCAGCCAGCAGGAGUACAAGCCAAGGUGGAGUCAAAUCAUCCCAAAGUGCAACAAAGGUACAAGCGCCCAAGAAAUCAACCGAGACGACUUGAACAGUGACGGUGACGAUAACAGGCCUGGGAUGCGGGGAGGACAUCAAAUGGUCAUUGACAUCCAGACGGAGACUGUUUACCUUUUUGGUGGCUGGGAUGGGACACAGGACCUGGCUGACUUUUGGGCUUACAGUGUUCAGGAGAAUCAGUGGGCCUGCAUCUCCAGAGACACAGAGAAAGAGAGCGGUCCCAGCGCUCGUUCCUGCCACAAGAUGUGCAUCGACUCCCAGCGGCGCCAGAUCUACACACUGGGCCGAUACCUGGACUCCAGUGUCAGGAACAGCAAGUCACUAAAGAGUGACUUCUACCGCUACGACAUAAACGCCAACACCUGGACGCUGCUCAGUGAGGACACCUCAGCAGAUGGAGGGCCAAAGUUGGUGUUUGACCAUCAGAUGUGCAUGGACUCUGAGAAACAUAUGAUCUACACUUUUGGUGGUCGCAUCCUGACAUGUAAUGGCAGCGUGGAGGACAGUCGGACUUCAGAGCCUCAGUUCAGCGGCCUGUACACCUACCACUGCCAGGCCGGAACGUGGAGUCUCCUGCGGGAGGACUCGUGUAACGCUGGGCCAGAGGACAUCCAGUCCCGCAUCGGACACUGCAUGCUUUUCCACACAAGAAACCGCUGUCUAUAUGUGUUUGGAGGUCAGCGGUCGAAGACAUACCUCAAUGAUUUCUUCAGUUAUGAUGUAGAUGGAGAUCAUGUGGAGAUCAUAUCUGAUGGCACCAAGAAGGACUCUGGCAUGGUGCCAAUGACAGGCUUCACCCAGAGAGCCACCAUUGAUCCUGAUCUCAAUGAAAUCCAUGUGCUCUCUGGGCUGAGCAAAGACAAGGACAAGCGGGAGGAGAACGUCCGCAACUCAUUCUGGAUUUAUGACAUUGCCCGCAAUAACUGGUCCUGUGUGUACAAGAAUGACCAGGCAGUGAAAGAGAACCAGAGCAAAGCCCUGCAGGAGGAGGAGCCAUGUCCACGCUUUGCACACCAGCUGGUCUAUGAUGAGAUGCACAAGGUGCAUUACCUGUUUGGAGGGAACCCUGGGAAGUCUUGUUCUCCCAAGAUGCGUCUGGAUGACUUUUGGUCUCUCAAACUGUGUAGGCCUUCAAAGGAGUAUCUGCUCCGCCACUGCAGAUACCUCAUCAGGAAAUACAGGUUUGAAGAAAAAGCCCAGUCAGAACCACUAAGCGCACUGAAGUAUCUUCAGAAUGACCUGUCGCUUACUGUGGACCACACAGACCCUGAUGAGACCAAAGAGUUUCAGCUUCUGCCCUCUGCUCUCUUCAAGUCCAGCUCUGACUUCAUCCCUCUGGGUUUCUCAGACGUAGACCAGACGUACGCUCAACGGACACAGCUCUUUGACACACUCGUCAACUUCUUCCCGGACAGCAUGACACCACCCAAGGGCAACCUGGUAGACCUCAUAACGCUCUAGUCGCACCCACCAUGUCCCACUGGACAGACUGAACGUCACCCACACACCCGCUGGAGCGGAGGAGACAGAGACCUCUUAUUUUUCUAAUCCGCACUGCAUUGGUGGGUGUACAAUUCAUUUGGGGACAAACUCCCAUCUGCAUCACACUGACCUGCUGCUGUCACAGGCUGCGCUACAAGGUGGCACCACUCAUAACACAUGCACAACAUUGUGAUAUAUGGACAUGAGACAAAUGAAGCAGGUGUGUGCAUGUUUUCCCUGUUCACCGCCUACAAACACACACCUUCUGGUUUAACUCCACCAAUUGUUAUUGUGUUUCUCUGCUUGAUGGCGAUCUCUCCUCCUGGAAACGUUAAGGCUAAAAACAUUGUAACCGUUUUUACAUUUGUGCUUUGUACGCACACAAAGGCCAACUCAGCCGACUACAGGAACCUAUCCACAUCUAAGGCCAAAGCCAAUGACAUGACAGCCAUUCCAGCCAGCUGCAAAUGCAAAGUUUUACUGGUACUUAAGUUAUUGAAGGGCAGGGCAGCGUGAGCCAGGAAGGGAAACCACUCUCUUCACCCAGCUUCUGUUGUUUCUCUUGCUUAUCAUAUAUGACUUUAAUGGCCAAUAAGGUGCAAAUGUAUGAACAACAGAGGAACGAGUCCAGAGGAGUAUAUUAUAAGAUCUUGGUUUUGGUUGUGAUCCCUGUAAAAGUGACAGAUAAAAGGAAAAAAACAAAAAAGUGAGCCCUUUCCUUAAUCAUGAAAUAUAGCUAAUUUCUAAGUAGUGUACAGAAUAUGUAAAUAUACAUAGAAUUUUUUUUUGUUUUUCAACCCCCUGGAUAGAAUAGAUUCUUUGCUGAAUCACGUUCCUUUUUUUGUGUGUCGUCUUAUGGAAACAGUUUCUGGCACUAAUUGGUAUAACCCUCAUUACUUAUUAAGAGAAAAGUAACUGCUGUGCCUAUGAAUGAAGUGCAGGUGUGACAGUUACGCUGGUCGGGGUGGCAUUCUUUCAGUGUGAUAAAUAAUACAUUUUUUCCCUCAAAUUGGAGUCAUUGGCCAGUUGCUUGAGACUGAAUAUUGCUACUUGACUCAUUUAAGUACAAAGCUAGCAGACCUGGGCUUGUUUGAGUGGAGACAGAAGCUGCCUGCGCUCUGUGCUAAGUGGCUGUUUGGUUGUUUAAAUGGUUGCCAGGACGAGCACCUGAACGUUUUCCAUGAGCAUCAUUAGCCUCCACUUAUUUAUUAUAUCUGCCGAUACUUGAUUUAUUCCUGUAGAAAGAAUGUAAAACUGCUGAUUUGUGAGGCCGAUGAAUAAUUUGAUUCCACCAGUACUGGAUGAAAUGGGGAAAGUACAUUGCACUGGUAAUCUGAGCAAAUGGAAGCAAGCGUUCCAUGAAUGAACCGAUAGAAAGGGGGCCGUGUCUGAGUUUGCCAGCUGGCAGGUAAACAAAUAUCAGAUCCUGCUGAAGUCUUCCAUCAGGAGCUUAAGGGUGAGGCCUCGGCUACAGAGGAGGAACCCUCCCACAUUCAUGGACAGUUGACCUUGAAAUGUUUACACCUGUGUAUCUGCUGUAAGACCUGGAGUCAUGGGGGUCCAUGCUCACUUCUGGUUUCUUGUUUAUUGUCUUCCAUGAGGGUCAGUCAGACGGUAAAUGCGUCACCCCCCCGUCAAAGUGUGACCACUAACGCUAGUCAGUCAGACAAAAAGAAAGAACCCUACUAUUGUCUCCACCACCACCGAUACAUUGUCAUGCAGGUCAGAGAACAUAAUGUUAGUGUAAUAAGACAUUAAAGAUAAUGCAAAAUGAGUUUUCUUUUUUUUUAAACACUAUUUAGAUUGUGGACUCCAAGUGAAAGUCAGGAUUUGAAUUGCAGAUGACAGACUUUAAUUUAAAUGAACUCCCCUAUUUGGCCUUUUCUAUUCAGUAAUUUGCACUUAUUUUGAAAUUGAAGGAACAUACUGGAGUUUUUCAACAUGUGCAUUGAUAUUUAGUGCAUAGUUGAGAGUAACAUGAACAUUUAAAUCUCCAGAUCCAAACCAUUUGAUUUGUGCAUCUAAUUUGAAGCAGUGGUACAGUCCUUUUUAAGUGUGUGCCUUUCGUCUGACUUUCACGUGGAGUCUGGGUUUAAUUUAUUACUGACGACAUCUCAUUUGGUUUGUCCCCGUUGAGUUAUUUAAGUUCACGUUUGUCGCAAAUAAAAAUCAGCUUAAGGAAGUCAUGUAUUUAAAGCCACGUGCACCAUGCGUUUAUGUAUGUUUUGCCCAUAUUAUAGCAGCCCUAAAAUGUAAACAGAUCUUGUUAUUAAAAAUAUAAUAAUGUAUAGCACAUUGAAAGCUGUUAGAUAUUGAUGAGUUUUAAUAUUUUGACGUUAAUGGCUCAUGAUGCUUGCUGUAGCAUUUGGUUUUUGUUUGUGCCAGAACAUAUUGUGAGACUUGAAAGCACCUUCAUAUACAACACAAUGCCAAAUAUUUAGCUCUUGGGGUAAAUUUCUUAAUACGACAAAGUUCACUGUAUGGGAGUUUUUUUUUUUUCUGUCUUUUUACUUUCGACCCCUCAGGAGUUUACGUCUGGUACUCUCAGAUCAGUAAGCACUAUUCUGUGGAUACAGGUAAUGGAGAAAGCCCUGUAGUAUUGCAUUGUAUGUAAUGUAAAUAUAAUUAAUAAAGAUUGUAUUUUGUUCAGGUUUUUCCUAA